AUGGCUAUGCUGGUGACCCAGUUCUUUUUCUUUUAUGCAUUUGGAGCGACAGAUACACUUGUCAUUGCUGUCAUGACUCUGGGUCACUAUGUGUCUAUUUGUGACCCUCUGCACUAUGCUUUGGUGAUGAAUCGACAAAUCUGUGCCUGCUUACUAGCCUUGAGCUGGUUGCUGUUGGUUCAUCUGGCAUCUGAUUCUCCAGCCAUUCCUGCUGCCCGCUGUUUGACCCAGUUCUUUUUCUUUUAUGCAUUUGGAGUCACAGAUACACUUGUCAUUGCUGUCAUGGCUCUGGAUCGCUAUGUGGCCAUCUGUGACCCUCUGCACUAUGCUUUGGUGAUGAAUCGACAAAUCUGUGCCCGCUUACUGACCUUGAGCUGGGUGGUAUCCAUAGUGCACACCAUGCUGCAUGUGGGACUCAUCCUGCCACUGUGUUGGGCUGGAGAUGCUGGGGGCAAUGUUAAAAUUCCUCACUUCUUUUGUGAUCACCGACCACUCCUGCGAGCCUCUUGGUCUGACAUACAUACCAAUGAGCUGGCUAUAUUCUUGGAGGGUGGCUUUCUCAUGUUGGGUCCUUGUUCCCUUAUUGUACUUUCCUAUGCCCGAAUUGGGAUUACCAUCUUAUGAUUGCCUUCAGCUGCUGGUCGCCGCAGAGCAGUCUCCACCUGUGGAUCCCACCUCACCAUGGUUGGCUUCCUGUAUGGCACAAUCAUUUGGGUCUAUUUCCAGCCUCCCUCACAGAACUCCCGGAAUCAAGACAUGGUGGCUUCAGUAAUGUACACUGCUAUUACCCCAUUGGCUAACCCACUUGUUUAUAGUCUCCGUAAUAAGGAUGUGAAAGGUGCCCUCCACAGACUACUGAGACAGGGGAGGGUGGGCUCCUGA